GUAUGGGAAACUGAGUGUGGCUUCAUAAAGUAUAGAAAACAUCAUUCUGCACCUGGUCAUUCUGUAAACUUCUCUUCUUUUAAUAAAAGUGGUACAGUUUUUGGUGCAGCAGGAUAUGAUGCAAUUGAUCUGUGGGACUGUGAAAAUGGCAAUCUUCUGCAGACAUUUUUACAUCAGGAAUUACGAGUUGAAAGAUUUUGUUUCACUAAUGAUGGACAUCAUAUAAUAUCAGUAUUUAAUAAUUCUAUAUAUAAAUGGGAUCUGCGCACAAAUCAGUAUACUGAAAUUAAGCUUCCUUCUUCUAAAAAUUUUGUGAUUCUUAGCUGCUGUUUAUCUGCUGAUGGAAACUUUCUAGCAUGUGGUACAUCUGAUUCUUCAGUGAUAAUACUUGACAUGAAUUCUGAAGCUGUGAUUAAUAACUUGAAAGGUCACAAAGAACAUGUGAUAAAUGUUAUGUUUUCAACAGAUGGUAAAAAAUUACUCUCUGUUUCUUAUGGCUGGUACAUCAUACAUGAUAUGACUGCAGUGAAAAAUACUUACGCAGUUAGUUUUCAAGGUAACUUGAGUGUGCAGUUGAAAGAUGAACUUCUUAUUGCAACUUCUAGUUACUGGAAGUGGAUAGAGAUCAGAAGAGGUUUUCAAGGAGAAUUAAUUUGCCAAACUGAAGCUGAAGAAAAGGAAAUUUGUUGUCUAUCAUCUAGUAUCUCAGAAGUUAUUUAUGGAAUGGAAGAUGGUUCUUUAAAGGUGCUAAAUAUUUCUUCAAAAAAGGUAACAGUUUUGGAAAAGCAUGAAGGUCGAAUUAAUUAUAUUUUGCAUUCUAAGAAAAGUGGUACUUUUUUUACAUGUUCAGAGGACAAAACUCUAAGAGUAAGUGGAUUUUAUAAUUAA